CACAAGUAUGGCGGUACUUCCGAUUUAAAAUUUAAAACCAAAAUAUUACAUUUUUGGCUUGUAUUUAUACAUUAAGUUACAAACAAAAUGGGAUUACUGACCGACGAGAAACAGAGAGAACGAUUCAUCACAGUCAUCAGCAAAUAUGGCAACAAACUGUGCGUCCUGUGCUAUAUGGCGGGGUUAGCGUGGUUUCUGGCUUUAGCAUAUAAGCCUUUCAAUGCUGGCACUUAUUUUUCGGAAAACGCUCUAUUACCAGGUCUGGUAGAGCCAGAAUUUCGUCAUGGUAAUGAUGCAGACAGAUAUUUCAACGAUCUCAAAACUGAAGUAAAAAAAGACAAAAGGAAGAUGCCUGUGGAGUGGCUAGCUGACAGAUUUCGAGACAAUGGUUUGGAUGUUUACAUACAAAACUAUACAUUUAAGUACCCUAUGGGUAUAGCGGGUAAUAUAGCACUUCCUGGGCAGAAUGUAUAUGGAAUUGUACGAGCCCCAAGGGCAGGGAGCACUGAGGCCCUAGUGAUCAGUGCCCCCUACAGGCGCCCGGGUUCAGGGCUGUCCAAUACUAAUGGAGGAAUAGCACUGAUGUUAGCAGUUGCAAAAUAUGCUAGAAGACACAGCUACUGGGCAAAGGAUAUCAUAAUGAUUGUAACAGACAAUGAGGGGGUUGGGAUGCAAGCAUGGCUGAGUGCAUACCACAAUACAAGAACAACAGAAAAUAUCAGCCCUGGGGAGUUACAUGGGAGAAGUGGUAGUAUUCAGGCAGCUAUUAACUUGGAGAUCCCAGGGGCAGAUGUAAGCUAUGUGGAUGUGAAGGUCCAGGGAUUGAAUGGCCAGCUACCUAACCUGGAUCUCAUUAACACUGUAGUACGCCUGUGCCGUAGGGAGAAUGUCCCCGUGACCAUUGAGAGGCAGCAAGAUUAUUACGACCCUGAGUCAACUGAUGGCUACCUACACUCCCUGAAGACAAUGCUGAGAAUGAUGUGGCACCAAGCACCUGGCACCCCUACAGGCAAUCAUGGACUCUUCCACAGAUACCACAUCGAGGCUGUUACACUACAGGGCAUCAAGACAAAAGGAAGGUCAAGCAACUAUGGGUUCUUUACACUUGGCAGGGUCACUGAAGGAAUAUUGCGUAGUCUUAACAACCUGCUGGAAAGAUUCCACCAAUCAUUCUUCUUCUACCUGAUGCCCGCAACUGACAGAUAUAUCUCCAUUGGUCUAUAUAUGCCUCCAUUUGGACUACUUGCAGCUGCGGCACUCAUCAAAGCUGUAAGUUUGUGGAUCAGCUCAACUAUAAAGGCAGCAGGACAGGAAGCUAAAGAUGACUGUAAAGCUAAAAAUGACUCUAAAGUUAAAGAUGACUCUAAAGCUAAAGAUGAGAAUGGUGAUGAAGAAAAUGAGAGUGCAGAUGAUGACACCAAGCCUGAUGAGGAUGGAGACACUGAUCGCAGGGAAUCAAGUGAUAAAAUAAAAGGGCCUGAAAAGCAGAUAUCAACAGGCCUGUCCUCACUGCUCCCUGUCCUUCUAAUGUGCAAUAUAUUUGGUGUGGCAGCAUACUUCAGUCCUGACAUGUUCCUGCAGACAUCGAAGGCCUUGAAUCUCGAGCCAACUGAAGGGCUCCUAAUGGGUCUCACUGCAUUGUUCCUGUCUGCAAUAUUGUUUCCUAGAGUACUGAGGAAAAAUGCAGAGAAAAUGGGUGAUAGAUCGGGGGCAGACCCAGAGAUGCUCAAGUGUGUAGCUCUAGUGUUACAAGGCCUGGUGUUAUUCUCCAUCGCUCUCAUGAACAUCUCCUUGGCAUUUUUCCUCACUCUUGUAUACACUCCCAUCACUCUCAUAGUCUGGCCUACUAAUAGCAGGCUCAGCUUCUACCUACAGGCAUUCCUAUUACUUCUCAUCUCUCCAUUAUUCCUGGUGAUUGCCGCAAGUCUCCUGCAGCAUUCCCUAUUUGAUAAAUACAGUGACCCUGUAACACUUCUGCACCAGACCUGGCAGACUGCACAACAUGGGGUCCUUAUAGCUGUCAUAGACAAUGACUUGUAUGGCAAUUGGCUGUUCAGUCUAGCAACAUUAGGUGUUUUACCAUUAUGGCUUAUGUUUUGGGCACUUUUAUGGACUUAUCCACAGCAGGCUGUGUCAUAAGGACUGGUCGAAUUUCAAUUGAGGACAAGUUAUUAUGUUAUUUUUAUAAACAUGCUGAUAUAAUCAGCUGGUCUAGUAUAAAAUCUGGCUUCAUUACGUGGCUCUUGGUUGGCUCCUAUGCUGGCCGGAUUCAUAAUCAUGUUCUACUUUCAAAUGGAGUAUUGACAGGAAAGAAGUGCAAUAAGCCAAGAUUAAGGUGAUACCAUAUGCUGUUAAUUGUAUAGAAAUGCCAAUAUAGGUGUGAAACAAGAAUGGCCAGAUAGAAACUGAACAAAUGUGAGGACUCUUGGAGUUUAAUGAACUAGAAAACAGAAUAUUCAUGUACUACAAAUACUGGUAAAAUGAAACGUAUCUGCUCAAAUAACCAGUUGAUAUACUUCCCAUAUAAGGGAAAGGCUGAGCUUUGUGGCAUCAGUGACACUCUGAUUGUAUUGUAUUGUAC